ACAACAUGACUUUUUAUUGCACAGCAAAUUCUCUUCAGAGAUUCACCAGUCCACUGAGUCAACAAAAGUGUUUAUUAAAAAAAAAUAAAAUUCCACGUGGAUCUCCCUUUGCAUGACAAUGAUGAUUUCUUAAAAUCAACAGAAAACCAAAUGUGUAUAAUCCCUGAUUUAAUACAUUCUGUUUGAAUGGCAGAAUCUGCUGAAAAAAACGAAAUGGUGCGUUUAGUCGCAGAGGAAAAGGAAGUUCACGGAUUCAUGACAAUUCAAGAGAAAACAUGAAUGCAAAAUAGGACAGCACCUUUAAUAGGAACACAUAAAGCAAAACUUUGUGUCACUGUCUAAAAAUGGCAGGGGAAUUAUGAAUGUAACAAAUGCCAAAUUACAUGUGUCUCACACCUCACUUUUGGACAUUGCAUGAUCAAUGUUUGGUCAAUCUCACUGUGAUUAAUGAAGAACAACACAGGUAGUUGGGUGUGAAAUUAUUUCCAGCAAAGCUAAUGUUAUGUGCUCUGCUGCUAAAGGGAGACAACUCCCUCACCACUGUCUAUCACUUGAGUUAUUCAGAACUGGCAGAGCUCAGUAGCCUCUUCCAUUGUUUACAUUGGCUGACGCUUAAGAUUCGAACACAAUUUCCAACAUUGAUGAAUGUUUUUCAUGCACAUACAAAAUUCUCUGUCUGAUGAAUAAACUGGCUUACUGACACAAGGAUUUACUUGAACGACUAACAAAGAUAUAUUCCUUCAAAUUAUUAAAAGAGCUAAGUAAAUCCAGUUCUGAGAAGACCCAGAAAAAUGAAACAUGACCAAAUGAUCUAAAAAUAUUAAUGAUGAAGGUCAAAAUAGGCAGCUGGUGUCAGGUUAAGGAGAGAGCCAAAAUAGGCAGCUGGUGUCAGGUUAAGGAGAGAGCCAAAAUAGGCAGCUGGUGUCAGGUUAAGGAGAGAGCCAAAAUAGGCAACUGGUGUCAGGUUAAGGAGAGAGCCAAGAUAGGCAGCUGGUGUCAGGUUAAGGAGAGAGCCAAAAUAGGCAGCUGGUGUCAGGUUAAGGAGAGAGCCAAAAUAGGCAGCUGGUGUCAGGUUAAGGAGAGAGCCAAAAUAGGCAGCUGGUGUCAGGUUAAGGAGAGAGCCAAGAUAGGCAAUUGGUGUCAGGUUAAGGAGAGAGCCAAGAUAGACAGUUGGUGUCAGGUUAAGGAGAUAGCCAAAAUAGGCAGCUGGUGUCAGCUUAAGGAGAGAGCCAAGAUAGACAGUUGGUGUCAGGUUAAGGAGAGAGCCAAGAUAGACAGUUGGUGUCAGGUUAAGGAGAGAGCCAAGAUAGGCAGCUGGUGUCAGCUUAAGGAGAGAGCCAAGAUAGACAGUUGGUGUCAGGUUAAGGAGAGAGCCAAGAUAGGCAAUUGGUGUCAGGUUAAGGAGAGAGCCAAUAUACAGUUGGCGUCAGCUGGUGUCAGGUUAAGGAGAGAGAAGAAAAUAGGUAGCUGGUGUCAGGUUAAGGAGAGAGCCAAAAUAGGCAGCUGGUGUCAGGUUAAGGAGAGAGCCAAGAUAGGCAAUUGGUGUCAGGUUAAGGAGAGAGCCAAGAUAGACAGUUGGUGUCAGGUUAAGGAGAGAGCCAAGAUAGACAGUUGA